AUGGUGGGUGAUUGCAUGGAUUGCAAAGAAAGAGAAGAAAAUAUGUAUUGGUCUCACUUCCAGACUGUUCAAUUCUGUCAAUUCCUUUCUGGGAGAUUUGAUCAGCAACUUGCCAUUCCGAAAAAGUUUGCGGACAAUCUUAGACACAAAAUGGCAGGCUCUGUAAUUUUGAACGGUCCAAGCGGCCAUACGUGGAAAGUGGAACUGGUGAUGAAUGGGGAUACAUUGCUUCUCAAGACCGGUUGGAAAUCAUUCGUCGAGGACCACUCGCUAAAGGAAAACGAUAUAUUGAUCUUCAAAUACAGUGGGAACUCAAGUUUCCAGGUCUUGAUGUUCGACCAGGAGAGCCUGUGUGAGAAAGCUUCCUCUUACUUUGUCAAAAAGUGUGAACACACCGCACAAAGUAUACAAGGGAGCAUGCCAAAGAGAGGCUUCGAGAAGGAAAGGUCCGAAGACAGCGUGGAGUCUUUGGAUGAAGAUGACGUGUCUAGUGACCGUAUAGUGAGAAGGCGAAAGGUGAAUGAAGCUUCUAGAACAACUCGAUCUACUCCGAAGGGUCGAAAGCGUGGGAAGAGAAGUAAACAAGUUUCGAGCAGUGGGUACAGGUUGCAGUUGAAAUCUCGUAGACGGGAGGUGACAGAAUAUGAGAAAAGCCGAGCACAGCAAAUGGCGGUGGCUGCUGCCUCAUCUGACAACAGUUUCGUGGUGGUCAUGCGGGCAUCGCAUGUAUACAAGGGGUUCUUUAUGUCGAUCCCUGCGGACUGGGCAAAGGCCCAUCUACCAAAGAAAAGCCUCGAUGUAAAGCUCCGGGUGAGUGACAAGAACAUGUGGGUAGCUAAAUACAACUACAAAGGUUACGGUGGUGGGCUCUGUAAUGGUUGGAGGAAGUUUGUGGUGGACAAUUUCUUGGAAGAAUUUGAUGUGUGCGUAUUUGACCUGGCAAGUGGAUCACACGACAUGUGCACGCUUGACGUAAAGAUCUUCCGUGUGGUUGAGGAGGUCAUUCCUCCGGCUCCUGUGUCCCGGCCCGAUAGGAUAAUUGGGCUGCUCGGGAGACUUAGUGAGAUGUCGAGCUAG